AUGCUUAUCCUGGACUGCCGCAGCGCAGACAAGUACAAAGAGAAUCACAUGGUGACGGCGCGGGCCUGUGUGACAGUGAUCCACCCAGAGCUGGGGUGUCUCAUCAGCGGCAUCGAGCUGCAGAAGUACUCCAUGAUAUUGCUCUACGCCGAUGAAGGAUGCAGCCCGGUCGGCAGUACGAAGGCCAGAGCAGACUCCCCUGAUCUCCAGCGGUGCUUCUUCCAGCUCAACGCUCUAGGGAUGGAUCCCGUCAUCCUCCUGGGAGGAUUAUCAGCUUUCAAUCUCCUCUACCCUUUCCUCUGCACGCCUCAAAUGGUCCUGCUGGAACCUGAACGCCACACUCUGACUGUUUAUCCCUCGGAGAUUUUGGAGGAGGCUCUCUAUCAGGGCUCUGCCGCCCAGGCCUCUGACUACCGCAUCAUCAAAAACCUCCACAUCACUCACGUGGUCAACGCCACCACCAACUGCCCCGACGCCUUCCCCAACACGCUGACUUACCUGAGGCUGCGGCUGACCGACGAUGCCCAGCAGGACCUGGUGGAGGCUCUGCCGCUGGCGUCCAGGUUCAUCAACUCAGCACUGAAGGGCGACCCACCGGGUCGGGUCCUGGUCCAUUGCAGCAUGGGGAGAAGUCGCAGCUCAGCACUCACGCUGGCCUUUCUGAUGGAGCACAGGCACUGGACACUUCUUCACGCCCUUCGCUGGCUGAAGGAGAGGAGAGCAUGCUCGGCUCCCAACAUUAACUUCUUGCGUCAGCUGCUGACCUACGAGGAGAUGCUGUUCGGAAGCAAGCUCACCAGCCUGGAAGACAUCCGCAGAUGA